AACAAGCCCUGCCCCUUCGAUACGCCAGGGGGGGAAUUGAGGAUCAUCGUUCUCUCCUCCCGUCCUGUCGCGCUGCCCAGUAUGAAAUGUGUCUGGUAAGCAGAAGCGGUAAGGGCCGCGUCGAAGGUGGGCGAAAGCGGUGGAGCGGUGUAAACGAAAAUAAAGUCUUAUAUAUACGAACGGCACGCGAAUACAACCAUGCCAUUUCACUGUUUGCCUUGCGACGAGCUAGCCGCAAGGUCCACGCGCCAACAGCAGCCAAGUGAGGUCGAUUGUUUUGUUGUUAUUCUUCUUGAGGAAGCUGUCCGCGUUUUGUCGUGUGAGUGUGCAAGUUCCGCGAAAACGGAAAAACCGCGCAAAAUUUCAAGAGAUCAGUUGACAGGACGAUCAGUGCGCGAACAGUGUGUGACGUGUGCGUGCCACAUAUCCAGUCAAGCGAAACAAGGUGCUACCUAAAAUGUGCUGCCUGCAACGCCUUCUCGAUACCAGCCCUUUGCUUCAGCCCCCAAAGGCAUCGACAAGAGCCAUCCCAACAAGGACUGCCGGCUGUGAAGCGAUGGGAAAACCCGACAACCCGCUGCACCAGGACGUACUGCAGAAGGCGACGCGCGCAACGCGUGUUUUAUUCCACUACCUUCGCAAUCAAUCAACGCGCUUCGAACGCAGCCCACUGUUCAAGAUACUGACGAGCACAACGCAGCCGAGCCACGCGAUAUCCGCCAUCGUACUGUCACUAGUGGUGGUUGCCCUAUGGCCGAACCUGAUCGGUAGCUCCGCGUCGAGCAAAUGCGCCCAAAGUCAGCAGGAUCUGGCUACCGAGCAGAGCAGUACUCUUACCCAGAUAGCCUACCUGGGCUCGUUCGCGGUACACUUUGGAGCCCAGAUCUGGAUGACAUUCGUUUCGGGACUUGCGCUGUAUUUCUCCCUGCCGCGUCACACCUUUGGCCGAAUCCAGGAGGUCCUAUUCCCGAAGUACUUCACACUCGGCACAAGCCUCAGCACCGUCAGCUUGCUUGGCUUCGUCGAACUGCGCCGCACUAAGCAACCGGAGCUAGCCGGGCGUCAUCUGGCCCACUGGGAUACGAGCGAUCUGGUGCAAAUCGUGGCGCUCGGUGCAACGGCUGCACUGGAGCUUUUCGUACGCCUAUACCUAGCACCACCGAUGCUCCGAUUGAUGCACGAAAAGCACCGCAUCGAGGCACGGGCGGAUCUCGGCCAGGAGGUAGGCCAGUUCGACGGCGUUGGUAAUGGUCGGCUCGAACGCUCCCAGCACUACAAGCGAACGCACAAAAAAUUCCGUCAGAUCCAUAUGACGAUCGCGAUACUAAACAUGAUCACACUCAGCUGCACCUGCGUGCACCUUCUGUACCUAGCGACACGUAUUCAAAUCUAGACCCGCAGAACCUACCGAUAAAGUCAAUCUUCUCGCACGCGGGGCCGGUCUUGCUCGGAGUUCAAACCCGCGCCGCCCGGAUCAAGUACCCACCGGCAUGUCAACGUAUGGUUAUCUCAGAGCCUCCGGCCGUUCAUAUAAGGUUAAGUUAUUUAUUUCCUAACAUAGCAGUAUAGAGCAAGAAAAUUGUAUCGUAGGAAUAACAAACGUGUGUUCAGCGUAACGAGAGAGAGAGUGUAACACUAGAGAGCUCAAGCCAAACGCUUCAGUAUCUCCACUUUGCAAAGCAACAAUCUCACAAAAAGAAAUAAUGUGCCGCAGCACACAUUGUCAGCAUCUCUUUGAGAUAGUUGAAGCUAUCGCUAGAGCAUUUGAACCUGCUGGUAUUUCCUUGUAAGAAAGUGUAGAACAUAUGUAGAAACCGAAGCAGACGGCAUUUAAUAGGACAGUGCACCACAACAUAACAGCCCACCAGUAUUGUUUUCUUGUAAAGCACAUAAAAAAAACUUUACUAGUUAGAAACAAGUAUUUUGACCAUUCAAAAAGUUCCUACAUCUACGUGAUUGAACUCAUAUGGAUUGCCAUGAUGUGUAGUGCCAUAUUUAGAAUAUAGGAGUAAAAGAUUUGGACAUGUUGCAUGACCACAACCCGUGAGAGUAGUAUUUAAACGUUCACCGGAUUAAUUAUCCUACACAAAGCAAACGGUUCGCCUGACGCACUUAUUUGAUUUUUUGACAUUAAAAUAUAAUCGUAUGAGUCAAAUGUAUCCUAAACGUCUUGUCUAUCUCGAAACGGAAAUAAUAUCGGAAAUGCACAAAAAAAGGUAAACAAAUAUCAAUAUCGUUCAUCGAUAAAUAACCAAUUAAAAUGAAAUAAUAGGCCUCGCA